AGUUCGACCAGAAGGGCAGGCUGAUGUUCAGCUCUAAACAACAAACCAGGCUGCAGAGAUCAUGGUAAUGAAACGUUCUCUAAAUCACCUCAGGAAAUGCAGGGCCUUGUGGGAAACGUUCUCCUCACCAACUGUUCUGCUGUCCAGGGAGUUCACAAAUAAGAGCGAUGGCGGUUGGUUAAGUUCAAUGUUCAAACAUGAAGUUGAUGCCAGGAAAGAUGCCCACUCCAACCUGCUCUCCAAGAAACCCACCAGCAGCCUUUAUAAAAUCCAGUGGAUUUGUGUCAGUAGUUGGAAAAUAUUUUUUCACAAUGUGAAGCCAGAGUGUUUGGAGUCAUACAACGAAUUAUCAGCCAAGGUCCAUGAACAGCUCCACGGCGAUCCAGAUUACCCCUGUGAAGUGGUGGGCAGCUGGAACACGUGGUACGGUGAACAGGACCAAGCAGUGCAUCUCUGGAGAUAUUAUGGAGGUUAUCCAGCACUGACAGAGUGCUUAGAGAAAAUCAGACACAAUAAGACAUAUUUGGAGUUUCGCAAAGAAAGAAGCAAGAUGUUGGUCUCUCGAAAGAACCAGCUUCUUUUCGAGUUCAGCUUUUGGAACGAUCCUGUACCUCGACCUGGACCCAACAUAUAUGAACUGAGAACUUACCAUUUAAAGCCUGGAACAAUGAUAGAAUGGGGGAAUCACUGGGCUCGAGCAAUCAAACAUCGACAGGAGAACAAUGAAGCAGUAGGAGGAUUUUUCAGUCAGAUUGGAGAGCUGUAUGUUGUUCACCAUCUGUGGGCGUAUAAGGACCUGCAGUCCAGACAUGAUACGAGGAACACAGCAUGGUUAAAAGAGGGCUGGGACGUCAGUGUACAUUACACAGUACCCUUAAUCCAAAGCAUGGAGUCAAGGAUUCUGACCCCCACAAAGAGCUCGCCUCUACAGUGAUUAUUCCAGAAGGGUUCUCAUCUAGGAGGUUCAUUCAUUACAGGAAUUAAGAACUACAGUCAGGAAUUAAUUCUAUAAUAAUGUCUAUGCUUUAUUGUAGAUAGAUAAUUCUGUACAUUUACAUUGUACAUUACAAUUACAUUACAAUUCUGUACAUUUAGGCACUGAUGAAUAAAAUAAAACACAAACAGAAUUCUCUGUUUCUACCAACAUCUGGAUUUGCUGCAAUUGCACAUUGUUGUUUUGAAUAAUAAAUCUGUAGAGCAGU